AUGGCAAUUAUUUGUGUGAAUAAUCAUAGGAAUAUUUAUUUUCCUGAUUCAUUAUUUGAAAUAGCAGGAAACGCCGUUAACAAACUAAAAGAACCGAUUAGUUGGUCGUGGUCGGUAUCAAAUGUCACGGAUUGGGUACAGUAUGGGUUAAAAUUGCCUCAAUACGUAAUAAUUUUCAAGAAGAACAAAAUUGAUGGUAAAAAAUUGAUUUUCAUUAACUGUCAAACGCUACCUUCUAUGCAUAUUACAGACUUUGAUCAUAUCAAGUAUAUCGCAAAAAACGUGAGACACCUGUACGGCUUGUCUCCGGACACCGAGUACCACAACGGGAUCAAUGGCCGGCGGUCCGUGUACCACGCGUACGGCCGUUAUUACAUGCACUUGGCCGCCCUCCGUGCGGCCGGCGGUCGGCUGUCGGCCACGCGCGGCCGUGGAGGGCAGGAAACGCCAACGCUGUUCGGUUACAUGCAAUCGAUCGGCAUUGUGACAAAUGCGCGGCGUCGCGAUGACGGUCCGCGGACGUCCGGUUGUCGGUCGGACGACGGGCCGCAUCCGCCGAAACACAAAACGCUGCUGGCUCGAUUGCCGGCCACCGAGUACCUGCGCGGCGGACAGUGCGCACAUGCCGAUCUCGCUGUAGUACGAUUGCGCCCAACGCUGCAGCAGACGUGCGUAAUGGAACGGCCGCGGCCGGCUUCGAAGCGCUGA